UACACCUCCAUUUUUCCUUUCUGGAAGAUUUCGCCUGUGUGCUAACCGCAAUACAACAGUUUAGUUCAACACAUCGGCCGUUAGCCAUCGUCCAAAUAUAUAUAUAGUAAUAUUCUGAUUUCCCCAUAUUUUAUUAUGCUAAUUUGUUUGUUUUGUGCAUAUCUUGUUAUGUCAGCAGUGUACGUUUAGCCGAUGCUCUCGUCUAGCUAGGCAGCUAGCCUAGUUACCUUUACUUGAUCUCACUACUUUAGCAAAUAGCUAAGUUAUCACUACAAGAAGGGUAUAUUGGUGGAAGAAACAUCCGCCGUCAUGCAGAAUAAGAAGACCAAGAUGGCGUCGAAAAUUAAAGUGGGCAAGGCGGGCUCCAAGAACAAGGAAGACGCUCCCCACGAACUGGAGAGUCAGUUCAUUCUCCGUUUACCUGGGGAAUAUGCCUCAACAGUCAGAAGAAUUGCCCAGUCCAGCAGUAUGAACACGAAAGACAGAUUCAGCAUAGAGCUGCAUGCUGAUGGUCGCCAUGGCAUUGUGAGGGUGGACAGGGUGCCUCUAGCUGCCAAACUGGUGGACUUGCCCUGCAUUAUAGAGUCACUGAAGACAGUUGACAAGAAGACCUUCUACAAGACAGCUGAUGUGUGCCAGAUGUUGGUGUGUUCUCUGGAUGGAGACCUCUACCCUCCUCUAGAGGAGCCUACAGGUACAGCAGAUGGCAAGAGUAAGAAAAAGGACAAGGACAAAGACAAGAAGUUCGUCUGGAACCAUGGCAUCACGGCCCCCUUGAAGAACACACGGAAGAGGAGGUUUAGGAAGACCGCCAAAAAGAAGUACAUCGAGUCCCCUGACGUUGAAAAGGAAGUGAAGAGGCUGCUCAGCACUGACGCAGAAGCAGUCAGUGUUCGCUGGGAGGUGAUUGCUGAGGACGAGUCCAAAGAGGCUGAGAAUAACGGGUCGCUGCCCAACCUGGACUCCUCGCCUGGCACCUCGGGACACAAGAUGGGCCACGGUUCCGCGGCCCAGCAUGACGAGCUGAGGGAAAUCUUCAACGACAUCAGCAGCAGCAGUGAGGAUGAGGAGGACGAUGGGGACCGGCACGAGGAUGAAGAUCUUAACAUCAUGGACACAGAGGACGACCUGGAGCGGCAGCUGCAAGACAAACUGAACGAGUCCGACACGGCUCAGGACCAGAGCGACAGAAACAGCCAGAUUGUGAUGGAGUACCAGGUGCAGAUCAACAGCCAGAAGGCUAAGCUGCAAGAAACCCGGGCCCGCAAGAAGCAGCAGGAGGAGCUCAUCAUGAAGGUGGAGAACCAGGCACUGAAGAAUCGCUUCCAGGCCCUGCUGAAUGAGAUCAUUCAACAGGAGGACACAGAGACGGAGCAGCUGGCAGCCCUUCAGGAGCAGCUGGACUCCCUGAUAGAGAAGUGACCAGCAGGUGGCAGCACUGGGUCAGGGAAGGGGACUGAACCAUGACUGUCAUUGUCACUGCUGUGCAAUGACUAGUUUCCUUGUAGGUGUGGGGAGUUGUCCAUGUUGUGUAUAAAAACAUUUGAAAUGUUUUUUUGUUUUUUUUGUAUUAUUAUUUCUUUCUUCCUGUAAAAUGUCCCCCUCUUUAGCUGUUAAACUGUCAUUUGUACUGCGAUACAGUAAUGCUGAUGUCUGAUUUUAAUAAAUCAUGAUUUUUGAAAUGUAAAA